GUUGAAGUCGAUAAAAAUCGAUUAUCUGAGAGGAGAAUGUGGUCAGAUGCUCGAUAGAUGCAGAACGAAGCUUUCUCCUUGACGCGGUCGAAACAUACAGUGAAGAGCUCUGUACAGGAGAGAAUUAAGUUGUCUUUCCUUCAAUCGUUUUUUCCGGAAAUGACCGAAUCUUUCCGAAUAGAAAAGACUAGCCUCGUCUGCGGCAAUUGACAGAAGCGGGUUGGAUGCGCAUUACCGCUGUUGGUAUGUCAUGGAGCCUUUCUGUGUGACGUCUCCUCUUGAAACUCUGCCAAAUUCCUCGUAGAGUUCAUCACGUGCAGUCGAACUACAGACAACAACAGUCGCAAAUGGUUUAAUUAAGUAUAUACGAUAUUUGGUAGAAGGAUGGGAAUAUGAACAGUACACGGUCACAUUGUGCAGCGAAAGAUGCUGCGAGUUACCUUCACCCAUGAUGAAUGAACACACAGAAUGUCUUCGCGCUUUUUUAGGUGAGGCUAUGACACCCGACUUCCCUGCACUCGUAUGACAUCAGACAAACGUGAUAAACAUGGACAAGACACCACAACCAGCGGGACCGGUUCCACCAGGAACACCCUUGCAGAAGGAUCAACGUUCUCACUCCAGAUCCAUGACGUCGCUUCCUCCGGAGCCAUUUAUGAUUAUGAGAAGCAAAGCUCUGAAUCGCAGAGUUCUCAUCAACGUGGGUGGAGUAAGGCACGAAGUAUUAUGGAGGACACUAGAGAGGCUUCCAAACACAAGACUGGGACGAUUGAGGGAAUGCAAUACUCACGAAGCAAUCAUGGAACUAUGCGACGAUUAUAGUUUAGUAGAUAACGAAUACUUUUUUGAUCGUCAUCCUAGGUGCUUCAGCGCCGUCCUUAACUUCUACCGGACAGGGAAGCUGCAUUUGGUAGAAGAAAUGUGUGUUCUCGCUUUCAGCGACGAUCUCGAAUACUGGGGCAUCGAUGAACUUUACAUGGAAUCAUGCUGCCAGCACAAAUAUCAUCAGAGGAAGGAACACGUGCACGAAGAGAUGAGGAAGGAGCAAGAAUCUCUGAGGCAGAGGGAGGAGGAAGAAUUCGGCGACGGUAGACUAGCACAAUACCAAAAAUUUCUUUGGGAUCUACUAGAAAAACCAACAUCUUCUCUGGCUGCUAGGGUAGUUGCAGUGCUCUCCAUUUUGUUCAUUAUACUAUCAACAAUUGGACUGACACUUAACACUUUGCCAUCGCUUCAAGAAAAGGAUAAAGAAGAACAUACUCAAGAUAACAGCAAACUAGCCAUGGUCGAGGCUGUAUGUAUAACAUGGUUCACGUUGGAGUACCUUCUGAGGUUUAUAUCGUCUCCUAACAAGUGGAAAUUCUUCAAAGGAGUCUUAAACGUUAUAGACUUGUUAGCCAUUAUGCCAUAUUUUGUAUCUUUAUUUCUAAUCGAGUCGAACAAGCACACGGACCAGUUCCAAGACGUCAGGAGGAUCGUGCAAAUCUUCAGAAUUAUGAGAAUUUUGAGAAUAUUGAAAUUAGCACGACACUCGACGGGACUUCAGAGUUUAGGUUUUACUUUAAAAAACAGCUAUAAAGAACUAGGUUUGCUUAUGUUGUUUCUCGCUAUUGGUAUCAUGAUAUUCUCUAGCCUGGCAUAUUUCGCUGAAAAAGAUGAGGAUGACACAGCGUUUACUAGCAUUCCAGAAGCGUUCUGGUGGGCAAGUAUCACUAUGACAACUGUCGGGUACGGUGAUAUCUGUCCUACCACUCCUUUGGGUAAAAUUAUUGGUGGGGUCUGCUGCAUUUGUGGUGUGUUAGUUAUUGCACUGCCCAUUCCUAUAAUUGUGAACAACUUUGCUGAAUUUUAUAAGAAUCAGAUGAGACGUGAGAAGGCUUUGAAGCGAAGGGAUGCACUGGAGAAAGCCAAAAAGGAAGGAAGUAUCGUUGCUUUCCGUCAUGUUAAUCUUAGAGAUGCUUUUGCUAAAAGUAUGGAUCUGAUCGACGUUUUAGCGGAAACCGGACAGAACGUAAGCCAAGUUGAUGCGGGAAGUAUCGGGGGAGACAGUGCACAUAUACAUACAGGAACCGGUUGCUUCAAGAAUCACGAACAUAUAAUGCAACGGGGUUGCAUAAACCUGCGUAAGUCGUCGCAAACUACAGAGUGCCAAUCUGCAGUAGAUCCUAGUACUAAUAAUCUAGUAGACAUCACGGGUGCCGAAGAAAACAAAGUCGAUACUAAUCCGACAGAUCUUAAUCCAUUGAGAGUUUCAGGUGGAGAAACUAAUAAUCUUUUGGGUGUUUCGUCUCCUGACAUCAGAGACUUUAUGGAUCAAGAUCUUACAUCCCAACCGAACGAUUAUCACGCUAAUAUUGAAAUGAAAACUAUCAACCGAUGGGAUGUGGGAAGUGUAGAAAGUUCAGAUACUUACUUGAGUUGCAACACCCAUCUGUUCGAAUCUCAAGGUGAUCUCACUGCUGAAGAACAACUUGCAAGCCCCAUUUAUAACAGUAAUCUAUAUGUUAACCCUUUAACGGACUAUACGGCACCUUCUGGUAAGAGCAUCGCGGCACUAAUCACCUCCAGCACAUCUUCCAUACAGCACCAAGUUCUACCACAAUCUCAGAUGUACAAAUCUCACAGUUCUUCCUCGUUAGAUAGUGAAAAUUACGAAGAACCAACAGAUAAAAUGGAGGACGAUGCCAACACCGGCGUACCUCUACUCUCUCAUUCGCAGGACUUUAAAACAAAGCAGGAUAUUCAUAAUAAUUUCUCACCACCCAUUAAGAAACCGAGAUUCUUUCAAGCCAUCAGGCAAAGGCCGAGAUUCGAUGGUAAUCGGCAAAGUUCACUAUCAUCCCUCGAUUCCAUAAGUACAACCGGUAGUCUGACAGGAAAAUCAAAAGUCGGAAUCAAAACACCGUUUUCUUCAUUAAUUCUCGGACGUUUCGGUCGGGGCAGCAAGAGCCCAUUACUCACCGACUCUCCACAGAAGAGUCAGAUCAGCAGUCCGGACAUAAGCAAGAAGAAAUCGAUCCUGAAGAAAACAGAUAACGGACAUAAAGAAGAAUCGACUCCGGAACAGAUCUCAAAAACUGUUCUUAGGAAGAUGAAAAAGGCAGCGGAUGACAACCUUCAAAACAACAACAACACAUCCUUUUCUACCUCAGUGUUACUCUCACCAGCUGUCAAGUCAUCCGCCACCAGCAAACAACCCUUAAAAGCCAUAGGACCGAAAACGGGCCCCAAACCUCACGCCCAACCCAUAAAAUUCGUGGGGGUAGAAGAUAAUUCGUCGCAGCUACUCAGCCCCGCCAUGUCGUCCGUUAGGAAGACACCCCCACAGAGAAUCAGCGGAUCCGUCAGCCAAAGGCCCCUCCAACGUGGCUCCGAAACGGAAAACGUGGGAUGGACAUCAGAACUUCCUUCAUAUUCGUUACCCUUUCACUGUACAAAUCUAUCCUGUACAUAUAAUCAGAUAUCGCACUGUACACAAUCAGAAGCUACAUGCUUUUGUGGCAAUCGCAUGGAGUAUUCUUCCAUCAUAAGCGACACAUCAAAGCAUGCCAAUUCCAACAUUCCUCUGAAAGUCCCUCUUGUAAGCAUCGAUGACGUGGACUCCAGCGACGUGGCCAAUCUCAACAAACUGAAUCAAGAGAAAUCUGGUAUCAAAUCAUCCAACAUGUUCACCCAAACAUCCGAGAUUAUCGGCCAAGACGAGAAUCUCAACCAGAGAGAGGAUACGCAGAGACACGUGCUAAGAUGUCAACCUUCCGAAGAGUCCAUAAUACUCUCCUAAGUACAGCAGGUGAGUGUUGUCGUCAUCGAUAGAAAAAUCCAACAUUUGUUUUACCCGAUUAAUUAGCAUCUUGUAAAAUAUUCCGUUUUUAGCCUUCCGAUUCUUCGUAGUUUAACAAAAAAAAAAAAAGUUUAACCAUCUAAAAAAAUCCCUGAGAAAUCCAGUAUUAAUUAAACAAGUGUAACGCGUAUGUGUGUGUGCGUGUGUGUGUAUACGUGCGUCGUGUGGCAGCUAUAACGUAGACACACCAAAGAUACACGCGAGUGAGGAAUCAAAAAUCCCUAAAAGUGCUCAAAGCUGUCCAAAAUAAUUAAAAUAAUAGAGAAGAGAGGGGCAGAGAGUGUACAGGAAAGUGUUAAAAACAAAAAAAAAAAAAAAAACAAAAGUCCAAACUUUUCUCGGGUGCUAUCAUCUGUGUAGUGGUUUAACAUAUCGUGCAUUUUAAAUUGGAGGAUGAUGAUUCUAUACAAUUAAUAAUAAUACUACUAAUAAUAAUAUUACAUAUAAUAUAAAAAACCAUUUCUUUACGUGCUUAAUUUAUUCGCCAUUUUUAACGUUCUACAAUUUUUGUGUACACGUGUGCAAAGUUUUUUGUCUAUUUUUUCCCCUCCCGUCUAAGAAUUUGUGUACGUGAUGAACAAUCGGUUUAACCUGAUGAUGAUGAUGAUGACGAUAAUAAUAAUAUUAAUUAAAAUAAAUAAAUAAAUAAAUAAUACACACUUUACUGUACAGGUUACAAAGUUUGUGAAAUGUUAAACGAGCUCAACGACUGAAUUGUUAAAGUAACGGCUAACACAGGUUUGUUAAGUUUGCGCUAAAAAAAAAAAUAAUAAUAAUAAUAAAUGAAAACUGUUUACGGUUUUUUAUUUUCGUAUACGAGUUAAACAAAAAUACACGUAACGAUGAUAGAU